AUGGACUCUGAGACCGACGAACAAGUCCCAAUCAGCAGCUACGAGCUUUACAUCGCGUUGCACGGAGACAAAGACGCUGAAAAGAGAACGCCAGAGAAGUCCCAAAGUCUCUUCAUGUCUCUCCACGGGAAAAAGAGCAAGAAGAAUCGAAGACAUAGGUCCCGAGCCUACUAUCGUCGGGAUAAGAGCACCUGGUCGUUAGUCCUUGUGGACGAUAACGCUUUCUUCACCAUUUAUCACAUCAUUGCCACUCCCUUUCACGGCGUCAAUGGGACCAAUGAGACAGGAAGGUUCGUCUACGACUUGGAAAAGAUCGAAGGAAUUCAGAUUGGGUUGAUGAAGGAUCCCUCGAGGUAUCCUAAAACUCGCCUUUUGGAGUAUCAGAUCGACAUCGAGCCAAAACUCAGGUUGCUGCAGUCAAUACAUGUGGCCGAAUUCCCUGUACAUAAAAUAGAGGAGUUCGAAAACGUCCUGAGAAGGACUUUUAAGGCCGCAACGGUAAACCCUGCGACUUCGCAAGCCGCCGUUAGCCAACAGUGGGUGCCGAUGGUGCUCUCUGACUUAGCCGACGCAGGAUUUGAGGGUGUAUUACCAUGGCCCAGGAACGAGAUUGCUCGUCAGUUUGACUUACUUCUCGAUACCGAGGGGGUGAUAGAGAUGUGA